AUGAUGGGGAUAAAGCACCUUCUGCUUCUUUUGAUUUACUUAGACCCACUGAAUGUCCUGUGCUCCGCCACCCUCAACAAGAAGACCCGAACCCCGCCGAGGAGGCCCCCAAAGGUGAAGGAGGUCAACGGCAGCACCACAGCGGUCCCGGCAGCCGCGGCCGCCCCGGGGAAGAUCACGCAGCUCCAGGCUCCCUCGGUCGUCCAGCACGACACCUGCCUGGGCUACUACGACGUGAGCGGGCAGUACGACAAAGAGUUCGCCUGCAACAACACCGACCACCGCUUCUGCUGCGGCAGCUGCUUCCUGCGCUUCUGCUGCGCGGACCGGGGGAAGCGGCUGGAGCAGAGGACCUGCACCAACUACAAUACCCCAGACUGGAUCAAAACCCAGCCCCCGUCUCCGGCGCCCACAGGUGACACGUACGACCCGGAGCUGGACCAGACCAACGCCACGGUGUACAUCACCUGCGGGGUCAUAGCGCUCAUCAUUGCCAUUGGGAUUUCUGCAAAAGUUGCCUAUGAUAAAGCCACCAAGCCUCAGGAAAUGAAUGUGCACAGAGCCCUGGCUGACAUUCUGAGGCAACAAGGACCAGUUCCAAUAUCUCAGUAUGAAGAUGAGAACAUUGCAGCAUUUGACGGGUCACCCAAAGACGAAACACCAGUCAGAACCUUGAAGAAUCAUUACACACCUGUUCACGCCAAGCCAUCCAACCACGGCCACUAUGGGAAAGAGAACCUUCGCAGCGGAGGCCAAGACAUGCACAACUUCAUCUCCUCUGGGUUUGUGACACUUGGACGUGGCCACUUAAAAGCGCAGCACUCCAUCGACGAAUCGCAGAUGUCCUGGCAGGGCGAUCUGGACAUCCCCAUGUCCUACGGAAACCACCACCAUGACUAUCAGCACAGCCACCUGGAUCUGACAGCGCUCACACCUAAACUAGCCCACCGACAAAUGAGAUACGAAAGACCCCAGCGGAUGAACAACAUCCUGACCUCAGCCACAGAGCCCUACGACGUGUCCCUCUCCAGAUCCUUCCAGAACCUCAGCCAUCUGCCGCCCUCCUACGAGCUAGCCCUCAAGCCUGACUUAAGUAAAUACUCCUCCUCUCUGCACAGAUUAAUUGAUAAGGAUGUGGAGGAGUACUACACAAGGAAACAUCAUCAUCCUGACUUCGGUGGCCGGGGACCGACCCACAUGGUGAAGCUGAAUGCUGAUCCUGUGCAGCAUCAGCAGCACCAGCAGCACCAGCAGCACCAGCAGCAUCAGCAGCAUCAGCAGCUCCAGCAGCAGCACCAGCAGCACCAGCACCAGCAGCAGCGGCAGCGGCCCCGCAGAGUCCAGAGGGCUAUGUCCCAGGACCACGUCCUGUCUCCUCCCAGGACACCGCGACGCGGAGACUAUGGCUUAUCUUCAUAUGGCGGGAUGGCAGCAGCUGCGUAUGGAAGCAGCCGACACCUCUCAGAGGAGCAGCUGCUGUCAGCGGACCGCCUCCUUUCCCAGGAUCCCUUGCUGUCCCCUGCAAUGAGGCGUGACAAGUUCCGGGAGAAGGCAAUGUCACGUGCCAUGUCUCACGCCGACAUGCUGAUGCCAACCACGCCGGUCAUGGACCGCCAUAAGAUAGCGAAGAUGCACUCUCAACCCAGUGCCUCUAAUGAUUCCUACAACACACUGACGGUCAACCACCAAGCGCCCACGUCUAAGAGGCAGGCGUUUGCCUCCCGACGAACACACACAGUGGACCACCUACAGUACAUUCCCGGCCACCAACACACAUACCGCACUGCCAGUAAGAACGAGGUAACUGUUUAA